CUUCAAGUCUAUGGACCAGUUAUGUUAAUGAAAGUUUUACAUUCGUUUAAAUAGGAUGGUGAAUUCUGAGGAAGAAGCAGCUGGUGUGUUAAGCUACUUCUAACUCAGGACUGAAAAUGCCAGCAGUUGAAAGUGAGGCAAAGGCAAAAACCAAAGUCUACUUUGAGGAGAUCUUCAGACGUCAUGCUGGCCUAACUGACACAAAGAAGUCAAAGAAAAAGAAGUUUCCCUCUCAAGAGAAUAUUGUGCUUGAUACCUUUAGAAGUAAUAUUGAUCUAGCCAAGGAAAGUGUGAAUGAUGAAGCAAUUAUAAACAACACAUAUAAUCCUGAAGAAGAGAGUCCUCGAUUUACAAAAAAUAAACUGAGAGAGAAAGCCUCACUUGCAGAGAAAAUAAACAAUGACAUUGUUAGUGAAGAAAAGAUCAAGCAACCAAAGUCUAACAAGAAGAAAAAGAAAUCACUGGUACAAGAACAAUUUAAUGAGGAGGAAAAUUUAUAUGAACAUAAAUUGGAGAGUUUUGAGGAACAGAUUAAAGAUUUUCCAAAGAAGAAAACAAAAAGAAAAUCACAAACAGAUGUACCUCAUCAAGAAGAUGAUAGAAAGAUUAAAAAUUCCUUGACUGAAGUGAGAAACAUAACUGAGUUAGAAGAGAAAGAAGAGCUAAUUCAAGCUUAUCAGCUAUAUGUGGCUGAGGAUGAGUCAACUGCAAUUAAAAACAAAAUAAAAAUGAAACUUAAAGAACAGAUGUCUGAAUUUACUUCCAGUGUACAAAGCCAUGAAGUAGUAUUGAACAAUGAAGUGGGCAAAAAGAAGAAAAAGAAGAAACAAAGAGCAGUUUUAAGUGAAGCUGAAACAAGUGCAAUGUCCCUUUCUGAGCUACAGCAUCAGCCAGAAGAAGAUAGCAAUGAAAAUCAGUCUUUGGAAAGACUAGUUACAGCAGAAGAACAAAAACUGGAGGAAAGCAUGGAAAAACAGAAACCUAAAGCAAAGAAGGUUAAAAAGAAAACCAGAAAAGAAGAAAACACAAAAGUCGCUGCAGAAAAUGAUGAGGAAAUGAGGAAUACAGAAAUUUCAACUCAGUCUAAAUAUGGUUUUGAUGAUGAUCUUGUGCUGGGAGUUUACAUCCAUCGAUCUGAUCGACUUAAAACUGAUCUCCUGGUGUCUCAUCCCAUGGUUAAAAUACAUGUUGUUGAUCAGAGAAAUGGCUUAUAUGUCAAGAAGGAUCAUGGCAAGAGCAAAGUUUCAUCUUCUUAUGAACAAGAACAAAGAGAGCAUGUUCUUCCUAUUAUGACUCAACCAUAUGACUUCAGACAGACUAAAUCAACAAUUCCAGAGUGGGAGGAGCAAGUCAUAUUUAAUGAGCGUUUUAAUUAUUUUAUUCAAAAUACUGAAGAAGAUCCUCAAGUAAUCCUGUUUUUUGAGAUCCUAGAUUUUCGAGGGAUGGAUGAAAGGAGAUCCAGCUCUGAUGUACCAGUUCUGGAAAGGGGCUUCCGAAAAAUUUGUUGGGCAUUUCUAAAGCUUGUAGGUGCAAAUGGAGUUCUAAAUGUUGAUGGAAAACUCCGUCUGCAGUUGUAUUACCCACCCUCAAGGACCAAGUCACAUUCAAACGUUGUCGAGGUUUAUGACUGGUGGGCAAAAUGUCCUAGAAAUCGUUACCCAUCAACUUUGUAUGUCACCGUAAGAGGCAUAAAAUUGCCAGAUCAUGUUGCUCCUUCUUUCUGCUCUAUGAUAGCUGAUCAGGAGGAACAAAAUAGUGCAACAAGUGAGCUCCAGAGAGAGGGAUCUAAAAAAUCCUGUGAACUCUUUGCAAAGGAGAAAAAGGAGCCAUGUAAAUGGACAAGAUUACCUGGACAGGCUUGCCGCAUACCUAACAAGCGGCUGUUGUCCCUGCGAGGUGGAGAUCAGGGCUGCUUCUGUGUUCGUUUCUCUCAUGAUGGGAAGACACUGGCAGCAGCAUGUGCAGGAAGGAAUGGCUAUCCCAUAGUUUUGUAUGAAAUUCCUUCUGGACAGUUUCUGAGAGAAUUUUAUGGUCACUUUAACAUAGUAUAUGAUCUUUGUUGGUCAAAAGACAAUCAAUACCUUCUUACUGCAUCCUCUGAUGGCACUGUCAGAAUGUGGAAAAUAGAAAUGCAGGCAACAUCUGCAGUGAGAGUUUUCCCUCAUCCUUCAUUUGUUUACACUGCAAAGUACCACCCAGUUGAUGACUCCUUGGUUGUGACAGGAUGUUACGACUCUGUGAUUAGAGUCUGGAAUGCCAAUGUGGAAGAAAUUUAUGGACAGCUGCUACAGGAGCUUGAUGGUCACAAAAGCUUCAUCAACACACUUUGUUUUGAUGCAGAAGGGCUCCACAUGUUCUCAGGAGAUAGUGCAGGACUGAUAAUAGUUUGGGAUACAUCUGUCAAAGAAAGUUCUCAACACCUGUUUCAACACUGGAGGAUUAAUAAGGAAAUAAAAGAGAAUGAUAUUAAAGGAAUACCAAUAAAUCAUUUGGAGGUGCAUCCUAAUGGAAGACGUUUAUUAAUCCAUGCCAAAGACAAUACCCUGAGAAUCAUGGAUCUCAGAAUCUUGGCUACGAAGAAAUACAUCGGUGCCACAAAUUACAGAGAGAAGAUUCACAGCACCUUAACACCAUGUGGUACAUUCCUAUUUUCUGGAAGUGAAGAUGGAAAGGCUUAUGUUUGGAAUCCAGAAACAGGAGAUCAGGUGGCCAUAUAUUCUGAGCUCUGCUUCACAUCUCCGCUUCGUGAUGUUGCCUUUCAUCCACAUGAACACAUGGUGUCAUUUUGUGCCUUUGGUCAAAACCAGCCAAUACUUGUAUACAUUUAUGAUUAUAAAGUUGCACAACAGGAAGCUGAACUCGUAAAAGAUCUCAGUUCAUCACUUACAACAGCUGCACCAAGAGGGCCACAGAUCUUUAGCAGUUUUUCUGAAACUCCUAUACAAAAAAGUUCAGGACUGUCUCCAGCAGAUCAGUUUGUCAGUGUUGCAAGAACAUCAAUGAGAAUGCAGAAGGUGAAACAGAAACUUGAUUCCGUAACAGCGAGCUCAAAUCUCUUGCUUCCUGCACCUCCAUUGCUGUCACCACACUCCAGGCUAAGACUGCCAGGCACUCAGAGCACUCCACUGAAUCCUCUCUAUUCUUUCACUACUAAAAGUGGGUGUUUCAGCCCAGUAGGAAAUCCUCUUAGCCAAACACUAUUGGGUAGACUGCAGGCGAGUGAUGACUGCCUGACUGCACUGGGAGCGAGAGGAGGAAGCAGUUGUUCACUCGGGCAAGAGACAGUAGUGGCUCUUUAUGACUACACAGCGCAUCGAUCAGAUGAGCUAACCAUCCAUCGCAGUGACAUUAUCCAAGUGUUGUACAAAGAUAAUGAUAACUGGUGGUUUGGCAGCCUAGCAAAUGGACAGCAAGGCUAUUUUCCAGCUAAUUAUGUGGCUGGUGAAAAAGAAUAUGGAGAACAAUCUUCAGGAUCAGUGCCAGAUUCUGCUCCUCUCCUGCCGGAAGGACCAAAAGAAGCAGAGGAGGGUUCUCCAACACUUCAUAAGAUGUCACCAGUCACCAGUAAGUCAGGGGACCUAAAAUUUAGCUCGGAGCAUGACACAGAUAGAGACUCACUUGCAACACAAGGUGCAAAGAAAAAGAAGAGGAUAAAGAGGAGCGAGAGAGAAAAUCAGCACAACUUGGUGGGUCUCGAUACUCCUCUAUCAUCAAGUACAGCUAAUGGUGUUGAAAAUGAGCCUGUAGCCCGUCGGGGGGAACUGAAGAAGAAGAAAAAGGUGGUGAGAGGCUCAAACUUAAGCACAAAUGGAAAGACAAAUACUGCCUUUGAGCCUGAAUGCUGUGAUGCAUAG